UUCACCUUCCUUCCUCCUCCAUUUUCCUCCCCCUAGAACAAAACCCAGUUCAUAUUUUCUGGAGAAACAAAAGGGUUUGUUCUCUGCGCCAUGGAUAAGUUGGUGAAGCCAGACGUGAAAGAAAUAGACCUGGUUUUUAAGAGGGGCCAACAGUGCACCACAACCUUCCGUUUAACCAACCUGAUGCACACCAUGUCUGUUGCGGUGUCAUUGACCACCACAAACUCAUCGGUCUUCUCUUUCGACAAGCCUUUCUCCAUUAUCCCACCACUCUCUUCUUUAUCGUAUGAUCUCAUCCUCUCUCCGCCGUUUGAUCAAUCCCCUCCCGCAGCUCCUCCCAAUGUCAUCACCGUCAAAACCUCCACGCUACCGACAGGAAAAGCCCCGAAGGAGGGUCUGCCUCUUUUCUUCUCCAAGUCCGGCCCCCAUAUCUUGAAGGACGCGACUAUACCAAUCUCCCUUGUUGGCCCCCAUGUGAUUGAAGAUCUCAUAUCUCAUAGUACACAGCUCCCAUAUAUUUCUCCCUUCUUCAACAAGGCGGUUUCUGUCUGUAGUCGGUCUGAGCUCACGGCGUUGCUCCGAUCGGCCGUCGUAUCAGGUAAUGCAAAUCUGGCGGCUGGCUUGAUUGAUCAUGGUGGCGCUGCCAAUAGCAGGGACCGAAAUGGACGGUCCAUGAUUUCGCUAGCUGUUCGAGCUGGAAACAUGGAGAUCAUUAAGCUCUUGAUUAAUUCCGGUUGCAAAAUUGACAGUUCAAUCGAUCAUGUACUCCACGAUGCCGCGGCAAUCAACAGAGUGGAUGUGAUGGAAGUUCUGUUAACAAGAUUCAAAGACACGAUAAGUGUUAAUUCAGUUGAUUCACAAGGCAGAACUCCGUUGCACAUCGGAGCAACUCACGGGCACAGCGAGGUGAUCCAAUACUGCGCCUCUCUCGAAGGGAAAAUCGAGAUUCUCGACAAUAAUGGGUUCAGCGCCCUGCAUUUGGCAGCUGAAAAAGGUAAUUUGAAAGCGGUGGAAUGCCUGCUCCAAACCUCUAGUUUCACCAAAUACGCAGUGAAUAGAGAAGGUAAGACCGCUUUCGCGCUUGCACUGGAAAACGAGCACUCAGAUCUGUACGACGCGCUUCAUCUGGGGGAUGUUUUGCAGCGAGCCGCGAGAGUAGACGACGUGCACGGGAUCAAGAGCUACCUGGCGGCAGGGGCGAAGGUUAACGGGAAGGACCAGAACGGGUGGACGCCUCUGCACAGAGCUGCCUUUAAAGGUAGGUUAGAGUGCAUAAAGGUUUUGCUGAAUCAAGGAGCUCGGAUCGAUGAAAUUGACGACGCUGGUUACACGCCGCUGCAUUGCGCCGCGGAGGCAGGGCAUGUAGAGGUUGCUCUUUUGUUAGUGGCACAUGGCGCCAUGGCUAACUUGAAGAGUCUCAAAGGUUUGGUUCCAUUGAACUUGGCUCGAUUCACGAAUCAUCCAUCUCUUGCUCUCCAUGUUUGUCAUGAGAAGGAGAGAGAGGUUGAUUGUUUGAAUAGCAGAUUCAAAUCUCUGUUUUCAUGAGUUUCGUUCUCUGUAAUCUGUAAUCUGUAAUCUGUAUGUUCAUAUCUUGUAGCUAAUUUUUCUUGAA